AUGUCUGAGGACAAACCAUCAACAUCUAAACAGUCGCUUCAGUUUGCAACUGAAUUGCCAUCCCCACAAACAACAACUUCUCAAAAUAUAACUCCUAUAAAAACUUUGAAUCCAUACCAAAAUAAAUGGACAAUCAAAGGGAGAGUUACUCAUAAACGACCUAUUAAGGCAUAUAGCACAACCACCAAAAAUGGCCAUGUCUUUAGCUUUGACAUUGUUGAUUGUGAUGGUUCUGAAAUUAGAAUUACAUGUUUUGAUGAGAUAGCUAAGUUACACUGUAAUCGUGUGGACAUAGGUUCACAUUAUAUUAUUUCAAAAGGAUCUGUUAAGGAGACAAAUGCAAGGUACAACAAACUAAACAAUCAUUUAGAAAUUGCCUUGUCUGAUACAUCCAUAGUAAAACGCUGCACCAACGAAGAACAAGCAGAUCAACAAACUUCUCCUUUUACGCCCAUUGGCGAAUUGUUUCAACUAACAAAUAAUACACUGGUUGACGUUAUUGGUCUUGUUCUAUAUGUUGGAGAUUUCAUUCCUAUUCAUAGGAAAGAUGACAGUCAAACACAAAAACGUGUGGUGAAAAUUAAUGAUCUAUCUAGUUCAACAAUUGACAUCAACUUUUGGGGCCCAAUAGCAGAACAAAAGGGCUUGGAAUUGAAAAAUAUGUUGACCAAUGAUAGUGUUGUUAUCCUUGCUUUACGUAAUGCUCGUGUUGGCUAUUUCAAUGGGAAGCUUGUAAACAUAACAGUUGCAACAACAUUACAUAUCAACCCAACUUUUCCAGAAGCAGACCUUCUAGCAUCAAGAGGAAAGGACCCUUUGCUUGUUGUACCCUUUGUUGCAGAAACUAUCCACAUAGAUGGCAAAUAUACUAGAAUGACAAUCUCUUCAAUGCGUGAGCGGAUGAGAAUCAAACCAAAAAUAAUUCAGACAACAUUGCUAGCUAUUCUACGCUAUGUCAACGUCAAUGACCAAAAUUUCUAUUACACAGCUUGCCCAUUGAUAGUCAAUGGAAGGCCUUGCAAGAAAAAAUGUACACAUCAAGCUGAUGAUUCUUGGUUCUGCUCUAGAUGUCAAAUGAGUAUGCAAGACUAUAAUUAUAGUUACCUCUUGCCUCUAAAGUUGCAAGAUGCCAUAGGUACUCUAUGGUCCACUGCAUUUGAUGAGGGUGGCAAUCACUUGCUACUCAAAACUGCAAGACAACUCUAUGCACUACAAAACGAUGCAACAACAAUAGAAACAACUUCCUCAGUGAUCAAGAGAGUACAGUCACAUUACUAUUCAUUCACACUGCUGGUUUCUACUGAGACAUACAAUUCAGAAUCCAAGAUGAAAGUGACGAUCAAUAAAGUUGCUCCUGUUGACUUCAAAGUUGAGUGCCAUGCACUGCUUGCAGAAAUUAGCUGCCUAAGUAUAGAGACUUAG